AUGAUGUAUCUACUACACAUCGGAUUAUUCAACAGAUACGCUGGGUCUCACAUCAGGCUUGAGGACAGGAAUAUCACACUGCGGAGGCUGCUCGGACAACUGCGAUAUCUGAGACCUAACGAGACAAUACGUGAAGACCUCCAAUUUGAUUCCACAAUCAAAGUACGGUUUGAACAAUUUCUGCAACUCAUUGAGGAUACAAUCUCCAACAACGAUGGCAGGCUUAACGUGCUCCGGGGACUCCAUUUGAAUUUUCAACUUAUCUCUAUUGAGCCACCACCGUCCCCGUACAUAUGUGUAUCCGGAGCUCGAAAUGAGGAACAUGUCAAGCUUCUGCAUGCAGCUUUGAGUAAAAGAAGAUUUUGGGAGUACUGCACGGUGCCCCUCUGCUACCGAAUCGGUGCUAUAGAACAGGUUGGACMUGCAACUUCAGAACUCAAACACGUAUGGCUCGAAAGGAGUCUCGACCAUACACUCUGUGGAGCCACUAUCAGAACCAAGCAUGAGGAAGGCUUCUACCACUCGACAGUUGGAGGUUUGGUGGAAGUAAACGGCUAUUUAUAUGCUCUUACCGCGGGCCAUUCUACUGUUACUGAAAGUGAAACGUCGAGCAAAUCCAUAUCAACUGAAUUCGAUGAUUAUGAAAUCGAAGCCGAAGAUUAUGGCGAUAAUAUCCAGCCACCAUUGGUCAUUGACAGAGGCAAAUUUGAGCAUGUUCUUGCUGAGGGGGCACCGGAAGAGCCGCGCAUUAUUGCAUGGACACUUACAGAUGAUCAGCUUCCAUCACUAGGGACCUUGCAACCCUCGCAUAAAGAUUGGUCUUUAGUAUCUGUUACCCCAUACUCCAAGUUACUGCCUAAUUGUGUACGGACAUCAAUUCGGGAAGGGGAGACACAAUCAAUUGAAACGUUGGAUAAAUUUCACUACCUGAACACAGUUGCCAGCGGGGCGACAUCAACGUCUGUGCAAGUACUCACCGGCGUCAGGGGGAUCCAACAUGCCCUACUUCGGCCAGUCACCACAAGUCUGCUGAUGCCGACUGGAAAUUUCCGUUCUGUGUGGACUUUGACCUUUGAACCGCCCUAUGGUAUGCCCUACAAGAUAACCAGGAUUCUCUGA